GAUGGACAGAAGAAUGAACGUCUCCAUGAAAGCGCUAGAAUGCAUCAAGUUUACAGAUUCGGCGAGUAUGUUGUCAAGUGGAGCGGCAGUCCAAAAAUCAUUCAAGAAGCCGAAAAUCUACAUUUCCUAGCGGAAAACCUUCCUCGGCUGCGUAUACCGACGCUGUUGGCGGCCUGGACGGUUGAAGGCUACGAGAAAUCCACAAUCUACUGCCACAUAACAAACUACAUUGACGAUGUCCGAUUGAAUGGUUUUAACUAAUUCUCAAGAAUGACAGAGCAAGCGCAAGACAUCAUCUGUGCAAACGUAUCAGCACAGCUUGCAUAUCUCCACUCUUUUCCACUACCGUCCGAAGAGUGGUACUAUGGACGGAUUUACCGACAGGGGUGGGUGAAUCCGCCAGAUUCCAUAGAAGCGGGCCCGUGCAGGACCGUCGUCGCUCCGUUCAGGGACUAUGAAGAGUUAGUCGCAGCCAUCGACCGAGCCCAUGAACUCACAACCGCCCUCCACCUUUCUCGCGAAGAGUGGACUCCUGGAGAACUGGAACGCCGGCGUCAACUCAUGGAAGCGAUCAGAAGUUGAACACCGCAAGAGCCUAAACUCACAUGGCUGGAUCCAAAGCUCCAAAAUAUGGUCGCCGUGCCGAUAGGAGGGGACGCUGCUGUGAUCACGUUGGCAGCUAUUCCUGUGAGCUUGUAACCGCGGUCCGAUCGCCGAGGCUACAUAUGACGGCAGGAAGCGUGUUACGUGCUGUGUCCGUUAGCGUCGUAAU